AUAUCUUUAUCAGGUUGAGCUAUACUUAUAGCAGAAGUUCUUAUCAGUUGAUCAAUUGAAGCAGUUCAGUUGAAAGUUAUCAGCAGAAGAAUAGUUUGUGAAAAUGGGUUCUCUCAUGGCAGGUUGGGAUUCUCCCGUCCAAGAUCCUAAAGUUGAGAAGUUGCGGAGAAAUAGUUCAUUAACAAGAGAAGAAAUUCAGGCCUUCUGGAAAUCCAAAAAACAAAAGGAGGAGGAACAUCUCAGAGACAUUUCCAUGUUAUCCCCACGCAGUCAGGAAAACGUAUUUGAGGAUGCCAGAAUGAGAAAUGGAAGAUCGGAUUCUUUGCCAGCACAGGACGCAAAGGAAGAGGACUUGGACCCGGAAACUGCAUCAAAUCUGGAGAAAUUGAUUCUAAAGCACGGCUGGUGGAUUAGCAGCAACUCGGCGUUUCUAAACGAGCCGCCGGUGAUUGCAGGAGAAGGGCCUCGUUACAAGUAUGCAUCACAGUUCCAUGUAGCAACUAUGGCUUCCUCAAAGACCAAUAACGCCCCAGCUCCAACUGGAGUUGGGGCAUGAGGCCUCCUCCUCUGGCCUUCAGCUGAAUAUUAUUUAGCUGUCCAUCAUCAUCUUUCAUGAGAUGCUGUGCCCAAAUAUGAAACAAUUGAGGCACUGAUCAGUAAUAGGUGUGGGAUAUUGUUAGGCUUGUCAUCCUUUUUCUUUUCUUUUCUUUUUUUCCUUGUAUAUAUAAGUGAUUUUGUGCUUUGAUCUGAGGAUUGUGAGUUUUUAACGCUGUACAUAUUCCCUAUGAAUGUAAUGUAAUCAUCAAGCUAAGACAUAGCUUUCCUCUU